CGAGAAGGAGAAAUAAUUCCGCCGCAUCUUCUUUGUCCACCCCCUCCUCCACAUCGCCGCCGUUUCAUUGUUGCAGAAUCCCGCGAGUUCGUCGACGGACCGGCCCGGCCGCAUCGCUCGCCGCCGUUUCGCCCCGCGGCUUCGGUGACAUCGCGCAGAGCACAGGCGCGGCACGGCAUGCUCCGCCGCGCGGCCUCCUUGCUACGCGGGCGCUCGGCCUGGAUCCCCCGCCGGCCAGUGGCGGCCGCGGCGACACUGGCCCGACGCCGCCCGGAGCCGGAGGCCCGCCCCCGCGCCGUCGAGGGCCGGGGCUACGCGCGCAUGGCGCGGCGGAUGCCGCCCACGAGGCCUGACGGGUACUCCACCUCCGACGGGGAGGCCGACGCCUACGGAGACGUCGAGGACCUGGAGCCGGCGGCCGCCGCGGACGGCGAGGAGGACGCCUCCGAUGGGGAGGGGUGGGACGGGUUCACGCUGGACAUGGGCGCCGGAUCCAUCGUGGACAAUGACGAUGAGGAAGAGGAGGAGGAGGAGGAAGAGGAGAAGUAAUCCGAGGGUCGCCGGCGAGCCGGAAGCGCAAGCAAGGUGUUUGUUGAAAUGACCAAGGCCAUUGUUUGCAUGCUCGUUGCUCCAAUACCCAUGUACUACUAACAAUGGUAGUAUUUGAAGAGUUGAACUGUCAAAUAAUCCGUGUACGACUCCCGAUUCUAGUAGUUGGUUUUCACC